CCAGGCGGGUGCCGGGCAGCGAGGGCACAGUCCAGCUGAAGGGGGCUCAGGGUCCCUGUCUCAGGACCCCAGGUUCCCCCGCGCGGGACACGGGCUGCAGGGGGCCGGGUCAGCGGGGGCCAGUGCUCCCAGGAGGACUCCCCGAGGGGCCUCGGGUGGCGCUGCCCGGCUCUGGGAAUUCCUCCCGGUCAACCGCGGAGGCGGCUGCUGUCCUGGGCACCCGCCCCAGAGGCCCAGGCUGCGGGAGGCGGAGGCGCUGGGUGGCCCCUUGGCUGUGAAGACAGGCAAGAUCAGAGGAGCAGGUGCUGGCCUCGCGGGAGCCCCCAGGCUGCACUGUUGGCUUCCAAUGGGUGGGCGGGUGAGCGCUUCUGGAAGCUUCCGGAGCCUGCCCAGCGCAAAUGCAAAUGCGGACUGGAUGUCGGCGCUGUGUCCCCGGCUCUGGGAUGUGCCCCUGCACCACCUGUCCAUCCCAGGGAGCCACGACACCAUGACCUACUGUCUGAACAAGAAGUCCCCCGUGUCCCACAGCGAGUCGCGCCUGCUGCAGCUGCUGAGCAAGGUGGUGCCAUGUGUGACGCGCCCCGUGGUGCUGAAGUGGUCUGUCACCCAGGCGCUGAACGUCACGGAGCAGCUGGACGCCGGGGUGCGGUACCUGGACCUGCGCAUCGCGCACAUGCUGGAGGGCUCGGAGAAGAACCUGCACUUCGUGCACAUGGUGUACACGACGGCGCUGGUGGAGGACACCCUCACGGAGAUCUCCGAGUGGCUGGAGCAGCACCCCCGGGAGGUGGUCAUCCUGGCCUGCAGGAACUUCGAGGGGAUGACGGAGGACCUGCAUGAGUACCUGGUGGCCUGCAUCAAGAACAUCUUUGGGGACAUGCUGUGCCCCCGAGGGGAGCUGCCCACGCUGCGGCAGCUGUGGGCGCGGGGCCAGCAGGUCCUGCUGUCCUACGAGGACGAGGCCUCGGUGCGGCGGCACCCGGAGCUGUGGCCGGGCAUCCCCUACUGGUGGGGCAACAAGGUGAAGUCCGAGGCCCUGAUCCGCUACCUGGAGGACAUGAAGAGCCGCGGCCGCCCGGGGGGCCUGUUCGUGGCCGGCACCAACCUCACCGAGGACCUGGAGUACGUGCUGGCGCACCCGGCCGGGUCCCUGAAGCAGGUGACCCUGUCCAGCCUGUCCGCGCUCAGCGCCUGGGUCCGCGAGCAGUGCCCGGGGCCCGGCGCCCGCUGCACCAACAUCAUCGCCGGCGACUUCGUGGGCGCCGACAGYUUCGUCGGCGACGUCAUCGGGCUCAACCAGAAGCUGCUGUGGGGCUGACGGUCCCCUCCGGUCAGCAGCCCGGGGGCAGCCCUGACCCAGGCUGGGCCGGCGCUGCUCCAGAUCCCGCGAGAAGACGUCCUCCGAGCCCCAGAUCCCGCGAGAAGACCUCAAUCCCCGGGAGGUGCCUGUGGUCAGGGAUGACCACGGGGUGGGUCCAGCGGGUGKGUCCCGGGCAGUCCCGACCACGGGGUGGGUCCAACGGAAGUGCCCUGGUCAGCCAUGGAUGUGCUCAURGGCAUGGCCAUCACGAUGGGUCCAGCAGAUUUGUCUGUGGUCAACGAUGACAACUGGGAUGGGUCCAGCGGGUGAGCUCUGGUCAGCCGCGACCACGGGAUGGCUCCAACGAAUGUGCCUGUGGUCAACCAUGACUGUUGGGAUGGGCCAGUGGGUGCACCCUGGUCAGCCAUGACCAUGGGGAUGCGUCCAGCCGUGUGCCCUGGUCAGCCAUGACCAUGGGGAUGCGUCCAGCCGUGUGCCCUGGUCAGCCAUGACCAUGGGGAUGCGUCCAGCCGUGUGCCCUGGUCACCCAGGCCUACUCAACCCAACCGGCAGCAUGGCCUGUGCAGGGUGUGGAUGCUAGGAGAGGGGUCAGCGCCUCCUCACCCUGUGCUUUAGAAAGUCCCUGCUUCCAAGAGUGGACGUCCCCUGGAYGGAUGGGGUGGGGACCUGUGCAGAGACCCUCUUGCCGAGGUCAACACAUGGCCUGGCUCUCACCUCACUCUGACAUCGCCCUUUCCCYGGGCAGCAGGCUCCUGCGGACCCUGGUCCAUCUUGCUUUGGCCAGCUGUUACUGGAGGGCCUGAGGGGUGGCCAGUGGGMGGUCCUGUGUCUGCUGGCCCCACAGUGUCACAGGGGGUCUGGUCUGUGUUCUACUCUCUGCCUCCUGGAGCUCGGGCACCUGGCCUUGCAGCCCGGGGGGGGCAGCGUCCCCUGAGGCCAGAGGCUCCUGAGACCCCCCUCCCCUCAGGCUGGCUUCUCCAGGGCCAGCGUUUCCUAGACCCUCCUGAUGGGCACCUGCUGCCGGAGGCCCUGGGCACUGAAGGAGCCCACCUGGGCUGUUUCCCAGCCUCCUGCCCCCUGGGCAGGCCCGGGCAAGGCUGGGGGGCUCCCUGGGCGCUGGCCCUGCAGGCGCCCGUGACUGGGUCAACCUGGACCUCCUGCAGCUGUGUGGCUGGGGUGCCACCUCCGGGUCCCAGGUCCCUUUAAACCCCGCAGGUGGCCGACAGGCUGGUCCUGCAGCCUGCACGCAGCCCUGCAGAGCCGGUGUUCCCUGGCCAUCUCGAUGCCCACGACGCGUCACGGCACCCGUCGCGGGCCGUCCUGCCGUCACAGAAGGGCGCAGACCCGGGUGUUCAGGACCGUCUGGAAACGGCGCCCUGGUCCGCGAAGCCUGUCGCACUUGGGACCCGCAGGGUGGUUUCCAGAGGAAGCUGCUCGGGCUUUGUGGUCACCUGUCAUGGCCCUGUCACGGCGGAGACGCGGCACAGCAGGACCAGCUCUGGGCACAUCCCAGCACUGCCUGGCCCCUCCCCGCCACCGAGCACCCUGGGGACAGCCCUUGGAUGCUCAGGUCACAAGGGCGUCAUUUCCUGUCUUAGGAGCCACCAUUCAGGGUUAGUCCACCCCUGAGGACAAUUAAAAGGA